ACAGAAAACAAAUUAGCUCCACCACAUAUAGCCUGAACACAUCACUACCGCAUAGUGCAUCUUUGGCGCACUAGAGGUUGUGACACACAGCCUGCACGGCCCCAACAAAUCCCCAAGAAGAAGAAGAAGAAGAAUGCCAAAAAUGUCCUGUGCAGAAGACUCAAGCCAGCGAUGGACUGCUAUUGUGGUGACCUGCGCCUCGGAGAAUCUGAGGGGAGGGGUUGAGGAAGAAUGUCACAGACUGUCCACUGGGGGUCUGUUGCCAGACCAUGACCUACUGGUGGUGGUGGCAGACCCCAGCCAGCCCAGCAGCCCACAGGAAGGAAGGCCAGGACUUGGUGUCGGCAGUGGGGGAGCCACAAUUAAUGCCGUGCUUGUGGCCAUAGAGAGGUUGUCAGCACAGCACCAACACACCACUAUCAACAGUGAGCUGGUCCACCACAGCCGCAUCUUGGUGGUGCACCGCCGCAUGCUGGCCCACUGUCCUGGUGGAGCUGCUCUCCUCCGCUUGGACCCCCAGCUGACUUGUGUGCCACCUCAUUUACAAAUCACGCCCCCGACACUCCUACAGCACACACUGUGGGCAGCCACCAAGUUGAGUGAAAAUACUGCCUGUGGUGUUUGGGUCACUUCCCUGGACACUUUCCUGCCCUCCACAUCUGUGAUGGGCUGCCCCACUCCUUCCUGGGCCUCAUGUGGGGCACUGGUGUGCACUGUGCAGACGCUCGACGUGGCCACUCAGCAUGGGGUGGUGCUGAGUAGGGAUGACCAGUAUAUCAACAAAAUGGUCUACAGAAUGCCAAUGGGAGACUUGAAGAAGACGUUCAGGGAGGGGAGUGCCAGUGUGAUAUCAGGGGCAGUGUACCUGAGUCCCCCACUCACAGAGACACUGCUGGGGCUGCACACCAUGCCUCCCCUUGACCGGUGCACCUACUAUGGCAUGGACAGUGGUAUACCCUCCUUGCAGGUAUCACUGUACUUUGACCUGCUGUUACCCUUGUGCUCUGAUGUGAGUCAUGAGGAGUACGUGAGUGGCCAGUGUGGCGCCACCUACGCCCAGGCUGCCAGUUACUCUCCACUCUUUCAGCAGGAGUCACGUUCAGCAAGACUGCAGAUAUGGAAGCAACUACAGGGUUUCAAUGUUCUUGUUUAUUCACUUGGAGGAAAGGUGAAGCAUCACUACCUCGGAAUGAAUCUUCCAUAUAAGGACUCUCUUUUGUCCUUGCUUCCUUCCAGCAGUAUUUUAUAUCAUGAGAGAUGUGAAGCCAACUCAGGAAACACUGUCACUGUCAAUACCAUGCUGGAAGGGAAUAUUACAACUUGUGGGGAGAAAGCUUACAUCUUUGACUCAUGGAUUGGUAAGGACAUUUCUCUAACCUUAGUUGGUCCAUCUGUAUUGAAUGGACUGUGGCUAAAGGAGUGUGGUGCUUCCCUCAAGAUGCCUGGAGGGUGUGUGUGGCAACAGUAUGCCUUGGCACAGCAUAGUGUGGUGACCUGCCACGGCUGGACGGAUCACCCAGCACAGCACCAUGAAGAGGCCACAGCAACAGUAUUCAACAUCAACUGGUCUGUCUUUCUAUCCAGAACAAGAAUACAAAAAGAAGAUUUAUGGGAAAAUUCAUGCAAAGUUCAAGAUCUUUUAUCUGCAAAAAUAUUUCUUCCUGGAUUGCCAAUUGCUGAACAAAUUAGUAUAAUUUCAGCUUUAAUUAGUGCUGCUUGUGGUGACAGUCAGCAAGAAGACUGGAAGUCACAGCUAGCACAGUGGAGAGCCUCUCCCAGAGUGUCACUAGCUGAUGCUAUGUUCAGCUGUAAUGUGAAGAAAGUUAUCUCAACACAAGAGAUGAUUUUCUUGGAGUCUUUCAAGCAAUAUUUAGUUAAAACAGCUGAUGACUUGGGAGGAAUGUCUCUUAUUCCUUUGUUCCAGUACUUUGUGAAAAGAGGCCUGGCACCCGUCAAGCAGGUGCUCCAUACGCUGCACACGCUGCUGCACAUACCUCGACUCUCCACCUCUCGCCUUUUCUCUAACAUGGCAGACCUGCUGGGAUGCCUUGCCCAGGGGAAAGGUGGCCUAAGGAGUGGACCAGCCGGCAACCCACUGUGGAGGAGUGCUCUUGUGGAACUCAAGAAAGGGCAUCAGAAGGAAGCAGUGCAGCAAAUGCUGGGUGUGUGUGAGGACUGGAUCAGCUCUGAGCAGCCUGAGAACUUGAUCCGAGCUGCCAGGCAUUAUGAGAGAGCCUCACAGAUAGUCAUUAGCCAGCAGGUGGAGACAGCAGAUGUGCAUGUGAGCCCCAUGUGGGUGAGCCCUGAGCUGCGGCAUGUUGUGAGUGUUGGAGUGUGGGUGGAGGCUCACUCUCCUGCUCGCCUGGACCUGGCUGGAGGUUGGACGGACACACCACCUAUUUGCUAUGAACAAGGAGGAGCAGUACUUAAUAUUGCCAUCAAAGUCAACAAGAAGAAGCCCAUUGGAGCACGGGCACGGUUCAUUCCUGAGCUGCAAGUGGUCUGUGUUCUCCGAGACUGCUCAGGCGGUGACGUGCGGCUCACCUGGAGCGAGCUGGACCACCUGAGGGACUAUGACAACCCUGUCUCCCCCGGUGCCCUAGUGAAGGCUGUGCUGUUGUACUCACGACUGGUGGACCUCUCACACCCUGACUCCCUGGCAUCACAGCUCAAAGAGAAGUAUGGAGGUGGCGUUGAAGUGGAGGUGUGGUCCAAUUUGCCACAGGGGUCAGGCCUUGGGGGUAGCAGUCUGCUGGCAGGAACACUGCUGGCAGCCCUGGUGGUGCUGCUGGGCCACCCUCCCCCAGCACCCUCCCACCUGGUGCAUGCCACUCUCUGUGUGGAGCAGUGGCUCACAACAGGUGGUGGGUGGCAGGACCAGGUUGGUGGACUAAUUGGAGGAGCAAAACUAGGUGUUAGUCACAGGGGAACACCUCUUUCUGUGACCACAUACCAGAUCCCCCUUUCCUCUUCAUGCCUGGAGGCUCUCAAUAGUCAGCUUCUGCUAAUCUACACUGGCAAGGUCCGUCUGGCAAGAAACCUCCUGCAGACUGUGAUCCGUAACUGGUAUGCCUGUGACCACACUGUGACAAAGUGUUUCUCUGAACUGCGGCUUCUGGCACUACAGGCGGCUGGGACUAUGCUGAACAGUAACCUUCAAGGCCUAGGGUCUUGCAUCAGUAACUACUGGAGGCUUAAGAAAAUGGUUGCAUCUGGUUGUGAGCCAGGCAUGGUGACAAAGCUGAUGGUUUCCUUGGAAGACCACUGCCAUGGGAUGUCCCUGGCUGGGGCUGGGGGUGGCGGCUACCUCUAUGCCCUCAAAGCUAGUCAGCAGUGUCUGGAGGGAGUCACGUGUGACUGUGUGGAGGUGGACCAGCAAGGACUGCAGGUGUGGGUUGGAGGGGAAAAUGUGCUUGAGAGGAGCCUGGUGGAGGAAACCCUCACACAGACCAAACUGGACACAUUGAUUCAAGAGUGUGAGUAAUGGACUCAAAGAGGUGCAGCUCAGCAGGUACCUAGACAUGAAGCAGCUGGCUGUGGUGCCUCUCUAAUUAGUGCAGCACAAGUAUUUGGCCUCAUCAGACAUGGUAUCUUCUUGGAUUAAGCUACAAGCCAGAGGGCAUUAGCUCACAUUAACUCAUAGCCACUUACUAAUAAUUGAUAAGGUUUUCCAAAGUGUGCAGCUGCUAAAUGGCAGUUAUAAAGACUAGCUAUCAUCCUCCUUUCAUAGAGGAUGGUGCAUCUUAGAAUGAAUCUUGAUGAGUAUUACUGUUGGCACCAUCAAGAAACAUCUGUGAUUAUUUUGUGUGAGGUUGUUUGACUUUUAUAUAAUAUUGUUGAGAAUAGUUGUUAUAUUUUAUUGUUCUUAUAUUUUAUAAUACAGUGAAAACUUUAUAUCAGAACUUAGCUUUAAGAGACAAUAUUACACUUUGAAAGAUCAUUUUUUUCUUAACAGUAAAAUUCCUGAUAAUUAAAUUUUAUGAGUUGUUAUUAUUUCAAGUAGAUUGAUGAUUUUACUUCUCUCCCUUGCACUUUUUGUUUGUACAUAAUAAUAAAUAAACUUGUAAGGGUUGCAUUAUACCUGAAAUACAUAAAUCAUAAGUUUAUUGGCCUAGGAAUUAAAGACUGCUGGUAUAUACAUAAUUUACUUACUGAACAAUGAUGCAGUGUUACCUCUUGUGGGUAUAACAUAAUAUAUAAUUAAGUUCUCUCAGGCAACAUGAUAAUUUAUGAAAAUUGUUCUUUAUGUAUAAAAUUCUAUAAUGUACAACCAAUUCUCUUUACAAUUAUUCCAAGGGACUUACAGCAAAAUUCAUUAAUUCUUCACCAUGCCUGUUUCACUCCUUCAAAUUUGUCACUACAUUUAUUCCUUCAUUCAAAUGACUUCAGGUAAAAAAUUUUUGUCAAAAUUAUCUUUCUAGCAGUGUCUGAUUAAUGGUACAAACAUGGACAAAACACUCUUAGUAAUAAGUUUUGCUGACAUUGUUGCCAAUAAAGAAUAUUUUUGUAUGUCCUA